AUGAGUUUCGCCCGUCCCGCCAGGUGUCUGUUCUGCAGCUUCUCACGCGCCGCUGCAAACAGCCCUCGCGUGCCUCGUCGUCAAUUCCAAUUGUCCGCCACGCAAUUUACCGACAAACCCAGCAAAAAGCCCGUUGAAAAUGGCGUGAAUCUUAAACAGCUCUCGCAAGAGAUGAAGCCGGAUGAUUUCAAGCCAUACACAGAGGAGGAAAAGGCCUACCUGAAGAAGCAUUACACGCCCGAGCAACUCGCCGCGAUUGAAGCUGGUGAGGCGGCCAUUGACCCAAAGGAUAUGGCAGAGCAGUUCAGGAUUCGCAAAGACCCGAUGAAGCUCACUUAUCUCGAUGACUUUUCGGUAAUCGAACCCGGCGUUGAUAAGCACGUCCGCGCCCCCGAAAGCAACAGCGAUUACAAUGCAACUCUCAAAACUGAAGACGACUUCGUGGACGACUUUGCCAAGUUCAUCGCUGAGAUGCCGGAAGAUGCUUCAAUCUCAGACUGGGUGCGCUUUGCGGAGACGAACCGUAUGACAAUUGGGAAGGAGGAGAAUGAGUUGAACCCGAACAGUUCUCUCGUGCCGGACCUGUUCCAGCCUGGUGAGACCCUUGAUGGGCCCAGUAAAAAGCCUCACAAGUACUACGACGCGAGGCGGAGCAAUAUUGCCAAGAAGGACGAAGAACCGAGUGAGGCGUUGAAAGUCCUCAUGAAGAACACCGGGUACAGUUUAUCUGACAUCUCGUCCCUCAGGACGAAGGCUCUUGUCGUGAAACAAGUCACAAACCAGACUCGUCUCGGUAAAGUGAACAGCACAUAUAUCCUAACUGUCGCCGGUAAUGGAAACGGUCUCCUUGGUAUUGGCGAAGGAAAGUCACAGGAAGCCACGGAUGCGAGAGUCCAAUCGCUAUACCGUGCUAUUAGAAACAUGAAACCUGUCCCCCGGUACGAGAACCGCACGAUCUUUGGCGAUGUGAAGGGCAAAGUGGGCGCCGUUGAGCUGAAACUGAUGACCCGUCCUCCCGGUAAUUUUUUCAAUACUACAUUUCCGCUCAGCGAAGCUAACAAGGCCAAUCUAGGUUUCGGACUCCGCUGCCAGAGCUUGAUUUACGAGAUGUGCCGAGCAGCCGGUAUCAGCGACAUUGCGGCUCGUGUCGAGCGAGCCAGAAACCCGAUGAACACGGUGAAAGCCGCAUACGAAGCCUUGAUGAGCCAGCGCGACCCGGAGGAGAUUGCCCGUGCCCGAGGCAAGAAGCUGGUUGAUGUGCGCAAGGUCUACUACUCGGGAAGAGAAGACCGGCCACGUCAACUCCAGUACUAGAUUACUGCUAUUAUUGUACGAUUAUGCUGCGGGCGCAUUGUCUGGUUUCCAGUUCGAGGUUUCUGGUUACGUCCUGACGAUGUAUAUAAUACCUGAUUUUCAACAAUUUACCAAUGUAUCUG